AUGCCACUAAGUGACAAGAACUGUUACUACAGCAAAACCUUUCAGUUCCAGAACGUGGAGAGCCUUCAGAAAAAACAAGAUGAUAACAACUGGAUAAAUGGGAUUAAUGGCAUCCACUGUUUCAACAAUGCCAACACACACAAGCUCUACAGUGUACAUAAGAUUAAUAAGCAAAUAUUUUGCCCAAAUGGGCACACGGAUACAUUCGUAAACCAGAACUGCCAUACCAUUUCCAAUGGGUAUAUACAAAAACCUCUCACAGAGGAAGGGAAUUGUCAAAAUGAGUCCCCUAAUAACUGCCCUUGGACCACAGAAAGGAGAAAGCAUCUGGUCUGUCCAAUGAGCAUGUCCCCGCAUGUAGACCCUAAUAAGUCAGAGCAGGAAAUCUGGGAAGAAUUCUCCAUGAGCUUCACGCCUGCAGUUCGAGAGGUGGUAGAAUUUGCAAAACGUAUACCAGGAUUCAAAGAUCUAUCACAACAUGAUCAAGUCAGCUUACUUAAAGCUGGGACAUUUGAGGUGUUAAUGGUGCGGUUUGUGGCUCUGUUUGAUGUGAAUGAGCGUACGGUCACAUUUCUCAGUGGAAAGAAAUAUGGCAUUGAAGAGUUGCGUGUGCUGGGGACAGGAGAUUUGUUGACUGCCAUGUUUGAGUUUAGCGAGAAGCUGGGUACACUUCAACUCAAUGAAGAAGAAAUGAGCUUAUUCACCGCUGUUGUCCUGGUUUCAGCUGAUCGAUCGUCCAUAGAAAAUGUUAACUCUGUAGAACAGCUGCAAGAAAUACUAAUUCGAGCACUCAGAACCUUAAUUAUGAAGAAUCAUCCAAACGAAUCCUCCAUUUUUACCAAACUGCUGUUGAAAUUACCAGACCUGCGGUCUCUUAACAAUAUGCAUUCAGAAGAACUAUUGGCCUUCAAAAUCCAUCCUUAGGUUUAAGAAUGCAAUCUCCUUGUUCUGGUUCUUUUUUGUCAUUGUAUAUUUUGAACAAGUACGCACAUUUAUGUAUAUAAAUGCAUUUUUCUCCUUAUUUUUGAACUAUAAAGGGAGGUAAUAUAAUCAAAUAAAUAAACUAGAGGUAUACAGAAGAUAUUAAAAUAUAUUUUAAAAGAAUUUAACUUGUAAGUAACAUGAACCUAUAUAUAAAUAUAUAUAUAUAAGAGAGAGAGAAUACUCUUAUGUUUACACUUCACUAUUUAAAGAUGACUUGCAUGUAUAUGGCUUCAGUUUAAAAUUGAUGUUGAAUUAAAUUGACUUUCAAGGAAGUGUUUUCACGUAUUGGGCGAAAACCUUGAUGUUAUGAAGAGCUUUAUGGCUUUUUUUUGAUAUUCAGAGGAACGCUUUAAUUUCACAAGCCCCAGUCCCUUGAUGCUGUGUAUUGAUGUCAGUGAGAGAACAAGAAUACAGGUUUAAGGAUCCUGGAGCAUGUUCAAAAUUUAUCCUCCUUAGCCAAUUUUUUGAAAGAUCAUUAUCAUGAUAGCCUUGGCAGUAACUUGUGGAGUCAUCUUCUUGCUGCUUCAAUUUAAGCUAAAUAAAUUUAAGUAAUUGUGCAAAAUAUUGUAAAAUUUUUUUGUUAGCUGCAGAGUUUCAGCUGAAUAAAACACAUCAUGUGAAUUGUAUUGCAUCAAAGCAGUAAUAUUUAUAGGUUUGGGUUUGUUCUUGGUGAUUGAUUAUUAUACAAUGUUUUACUCUAUAAUCACUUUUGAUUGGGAACAGUUGCUGCAAAUUAGUUGUUUGAAAUCUUCAGUUAUUUUUGUGUAUUGCAUAAUUAGCUAACAUGUGCUUAGCUGCUAUAUUCAGAUACUUGUACUAAAGCUUGCAGAAUUGCACAUCCUAUGGAGUUUGAAUCCUUGGGUUACUUUAGAACUUGCUGACUCAAACACCUUGUUAAAUUAAAUAGCUUUCCAGGGAGUUUGGGGAAUUGGCCGAGCUUGGAGCUUUUAAAGUUCUCAGAAAAGUACUUUUUGGCUAAGCUUCUGUUCUACACCAAAUGUAAGAGACCGCCUUUCCAAAAUUCUUCACCUGCAGUUUUUGUCCUAUUCUUCACCCACUUUUCCAUCCCUAGCUGUAGAUUGUUCGCCUUUCAAGAAAAUAAUAAUAAUAAUCUUUACGUUUGGUAUAUCGCCUUUCACGCCUGUCUGGAGAACAUCUUAGUGCUUCACAGGAUUUACUAUGAAGUGCAGCAGCUGUGUGUUUUGCAGGCAAACUGCAGCAAAUUUGCUCACUGCAGUGUCCCACAAAAGCCAUGAAGUGAAUGACCAAUUUUAUCUGGGAGAUUGUUGGCCAUGACACUGGGGGAAACUCCAUUCUCUUUACAAAUGGUUUCUUGGCAUCUUUGACACCCCCUGAACAUCGAGAUGGGACCUCAGUUAAUGUCUCAUCAAUGCAGUCCACUCCCAGCAAUAUUUUGGAAUAUCGAAUAUGGCCCUCAGGCAGAGUAGCUUCCCAGAGCCCUUGUCAGUGGCGGUUGAGCAUGAGGCAGAGCCUGUGAGUUCCAAGUUACAAUGUGGGGCUUAAACCCACAACCUACUGACUCGGGUGAGACUGGUAAAAACAGCUUGGCUGAUUCCAUUACCAACCUGUAAUACAGGACAAAUGUAUAUCUAGCUUUCCUAGUAAACCAAGUGAUUAUGAUUAGCUUUUUGAAGUCAAUUUUGCUCAUGAUAACUGAUUCCAAUAUUUGAUUGUGGAGUGUCAGUAUCCUCAGAAAAAGUCUAAACCUAUGGCCUUUCAAGAGUAAGGAAUUUGAACAGUAGAAUUAACUGCAACCAAAUUAUUGGGGAAAGUGCUACUGGAUUGCCCCCUAAAUUAAAUAAAUCUUGAUGUGCAGCCAUGAGUAUUGGAUGAAUUAAGCCAGAUAAGUACCAAAUAAAGAAAACAAAAAAAUUACAUUUAUAUAGCACCUUUCAUAUCAGGAGGACGUCCCAGUGUUCUGGACAGUCAAGGGUUUGCACCCUUGAAUACUCUAGAAAGCUGGGGCAUUCAGCUUUUAGAUAUUUGUAUGUAGACCUGCUUUCGAAAAAUAUUUCUAUCCUGACUUGAUUUGGCCAGUUUAUAUUUGAAAUCUCAGUACUGUAAACAUAAAACCUCAUUGACUUUGAAUUUGAUUUUGCAGCCAAAUUUGAAGCACUUCUACUGGUUAUGUAUGUAGCUUCAGAUGUAUUCUACAAUAAUCACUGGGGCUGAUUUUUUUGUUUUGGUAGACAUUUUGAUUUCUGACUGAGUAUAUGAGUGCUCAGCAUUGUUUUGCCAGGAGAGGUUAUUAUUCUGCUUUCCAUGUGUACAUUAGCUUCUAGUGGCAGAAACAAGUUACUGCAACAAAGCUAAAGCCUGUUGUACUCACCCAUCUGCUUUGGACUUUGAAAGUUCUUUGAAGACCUCUAUACAUACAGUGGAAUUUUUAAGUUUAGCUUUGCAAGAAUGUGUUCAAAAGAGUCAUCGUGAAAUUGGAUUUGGCAAAUUGUUUUGUUUGAGGGAAGAGAGUCUGUUGUUAUUAACAUCAUGAUAAUGUUGCAAUACAAGUGACUUAAUGAUGUUUGAAUGUAAUUUCGAUUAUCAAGGUGGUCAGCUUUUUAAAGAGAGAAAAACUUUUUGAUGAAUAUUUUGCCUUUUUGGUGAAGAAAUGUGGCUGGAGAAGAAACUAGGUGUAGCAGGUCUUAAUCUGAUGCUGAGAACAUUUGCUUGAUUGUUUCUGAUAGGGAUGUUUGAUUUCAAGUGGUUAUAGAUGUAAGUGACCAAUGGUUCUUAAGAAAACAAGAAAAAAAUUAAACUGCAGAAGGCACAGACUUCAAUAAACAUUUCGUGCUGUGUCUGUAAAAUGACAGUACUGUUCUAAUGUAUAUCAUUAAGGAAUAAACAUUGCCAAUACCCAUU